AGAGCCGGUCGCUGCAUGUAGCCUAACAUAAAUUAUCUGUGCCUCGUAAUUUUCUGGGGUUGAUAUAAACCCCUGGGUGGCCCCACCUACUUGGUUCCCUGUCUUUUGAGAUGUCACAAUCCCAUCAGAGAAGAACAAGCUUCAAAGGAUCGCCACAAGCAUCCUUCUACAUCGACAUCGAGAAAUCCGAGGACGACGAUGUACUGGACCAAAAGGAGGAACAGAACUACAACAGGGUCAUCUUCCUAGUCAUCUGGGCCGUGGUCACCAUCAUUAUCGUGGGGUGCGGAGCCUCCGUGGGAAGGAAGCUUGGCAACUACCACAGCUCCAAGCACACCGCCGAUAUUUCCAACCCCAUCAUCAACGUCAACGGCGAUGCCAACGAUGAACACGCCUUGAAGUUGAACGAGUUCUUCGUAGACGGCAAGAGCGUGGACUCGGACAUCGCGGCCUUGGAGUCGGAAGACCUGGAGAAAGACACCCUCGCGUCUCAGCACGACUUGAAGGAGAUCCUUCUGGUGAGCCCCAUAAUCUUGAUCUCCGACGACCCAGACUCUUCCGAUCAACAGCAGCUCGAAAUCAUCAUCAAAAACCUCAACAUCCACCCCGAGCCCAAGAUCGUCAGCUUGGACAAACACCCCCACUGCAAGAAGAUAUUAAACUACUUGAAGAGCUACGAGUCCCACCAAGAUACAACCAUCCCUGUCACCACAACCGCGUCCUCUUCCGAGGCGAUCAUCAAAAGCGACCUUAAGUUUACCCAGGAGGUACUCAGUUCCGAAGGGUCACUGUACGAAGAUUUACGCUACAAAACCGAAAAGAAACUCGCCGAGAGCCAUGCCCUCCAAAAUAUUCCAAGGCUCUUUAUUGGAGGAGUCCCAUACGGUAACUUCCAGGAACUUUUCAAAAAGUACAAGGACAAGUCGUUGGCUCAAUUUGUCAGAGAAAAAGGAAAGGGCUUGAUUACAGUGGGCUGAACUAACUGAAUCAGUUGCCCGAUAGAGAUUUGAUACACCCUAGAUCUUAUACCCAUGCGUUCAUGAAAUUUUCAUUUUCUUCUUGUAUUAACUUUUAUUUUAUCAUAGUUUGGAUAGGUUUUUAGGUACAAUAUAUUUCCAAAAUAGCUUUAAUAGAUCACUCGUCAGGUAGGUAAUUUUGU